AUGUUCUCGUCAGCCCUCAUUGCUCUAUCUGCUGUUUCGCUCGCCCAAGCUACUGCAGUACUACCCCGAGCCGCGUCUAUUACUGAAUUCUCGACCAGCCCUGUAGAGUUCGUCUACCCAACUCCCAGAAGUGGUUAUCUCGCGAACAACGCAAGUGCCUAUCCCUGCGGUGGCAGUCCUCUUGGAGAGAGAACAUCGUAUCCUUUGUCUGGUGGAAAAGUCUCCCUCGAUGUUGAUACUCUCGCUUCCAAUGUCAACCUGCUCUACUCCAACAAUUCGAAUCCAAGUACUUUCCACGAGUUUUCCACAUUCGCGAACUCCAUCCUCGAUGUCUCAGAUGGAGGUUGGUGUGGGAAUGGUCCCAACUUUGAGGAACUUGGUCUCGCAGCCGGAAGCGACGCCACUCUGCUUGUGAUCUACCAGCUGUACGGCAACAAGACUUGCUUCUACCACUGCGCCGAUAUCUCUCUUGUAGCAGCUAACAGCUACACCGCACCAUCAGAUCUUACCUGUUCCAACUCUUCCGCCGUAUUAGAGACCGCUUCAGGAGAAGAUUCUAUGGUCCUCAAAGGAUCCAAUUUCUCUGCCGCCCAACAAGGUGCCGAUGGUCAAACGGUCAGUAUCGACCUGGCUGCUGCCACUGCCUCGCCUUCAGCAUCUGGAUCCGAAUCUGGUUCUGCAGCUGCGGCAGCUACUUCGGCAGCUUCGUCUGCUGCUGCUAGCGGGUCAGCCAGCUCUGCUGCUGUAAUGACAGCCAAAGUGCGCAGUAUGGGUCUCGGUGCAGCUGUUUUGGGAGGCUUGGCACUUCUCUUGUAA